GACUCCUCCCUCUCAAGUAGUUUCCAGUAUCAGCCCCUUCCUUUCACUUGUCAGGACUACUCGCCGACACCAACCUGAGGCGGAAGCACGGCGAGGAGAAAGGUGACGGAUGAGGCCCGCACGGUCGGGCAUUAUGAAAGACCUCGUCGCUAGUCCUUCCGGUUUAUCGUCCCCCAACCCCCCGGCGCAGGAGGUCAGGACUGAGGGAAACAGCACCUCCAAAAAGAGAAGGUUGAAUAUCAGCAGCAGCGAUAAGGACGAUUUGGAUCCUCUAUCGCCCGCCAGAAACUCUUCCUCCUCCUCUAACCACAUCCAGAAGAAGCUGCGCUUCGAAGACACUUUGGACUUUCUAGGACUCGAUGUGAAGAUGACCGAGGAGUCAUCAUCCUCUUCUUCUUGCUCUUUCUCCUCCACGCCACAAGCAGUGAGGAGUAAAAACCUGCUCAUCUCCCCAGUGGGUGUUGGGCAUCAUGCCAAUGGGCUCACAAAAGCCUCACCCGUGUCCAGCUUUGCCAAUAGCAAGCCUGGCUCAGCCAAGAAGCUAGUCAUCAAGAACUUUAAAGAUAAACCAAAAUUGCCUGAAAAUUACACAGAUGAAACCUGGCAAAAGCUUAAAGGCACUGUGGAAGCCAUCCAAAAUAGCACUUCAAUUAAAUACAACCUGGAAGAACUCUACCAGGCUGUGGAAAACCUUUGCUCUUACAAAAUAUCUGCAAACCUUUACAAACAGUUGAGACAAAUCUGUGAAGACCACAUCAAAGCACAAAUUCAUCAGUUCAGAGAAGAUUCAUUGGACAGUGUUCUUUUUCUGAAGAAAAUAGAUAAAUGUUGGAAAGAUCACUGCAGACAAAUGAUCAUGAUUAGGAGUAUCUUUUUAUUUCUGGAUAGAACGUAUGUUCUGCAAAAUUCAAUGCUGCCAUCUAUUUGGGAUAUGGGUCUAGAGCUGUUUAGAACCCAUAUAAUCAGCGAUCAGAAAGUUCAGAACAAAACUAUUGAUGGAAUCCUCCUGCUGAUUGAGAGGGAAAGGAAUGGUGAGGCUAUUGACAGGAGUUUAUUGCGAAGCCUUCUUAGCAUGCUUUCUGACUUGCAAAUUUAUCAGGACUCUUUUGAGCAGAGGUUCCUGGAAGAAACAAACCGUUUGUAUUCAGCAGAAGGACAAAGGCUCAUGCAAGAGCGAGAGGUCCCAGAGUACCUUCAUCAUGUAAACAAGCGGCUAGAAGAGGAAGCCGAUAGAGUGAUCACAUAUUUAGAUCAAAGCACACAAAAGCCAUUAAUUGCCACUGUAGAAAAACAGCUCCUAGGUGAACAUUUAACAGCCACCCUUCAGAAAGGUUUGAACCACCUUCUGGAUGAAAAUCGAAUUCAGGACCUUUCCUUGCUUUAUCAGUUAUUUAGUCGAGUUAGGGGUGGAGUGCAAGUCCUUUUGCAGCACUGGAUCGAGUACAUUAAGGCUUUUGGCAGUACUAUUGUGAUUAAUCCUGAGAAAGAUAAAACAAUGGUACAGGAGUUGUUGGAUUUUAAAGAUAAAGUGGACCAUGUAAUUGAUGUCUGCUUCUUAAAGAACGAGAAGUUUGUCAAUGCUAUGAAAGAAGCAUUUGAAACUUUCAUUAACAAACGACCAAAUAAACCUGCUGAAUUAAUUGCAAAACAUGUUGAUUCUAAACUUCGAACUGGGAACAAAGAAGCUACAGACGAAGAACUUGAAAAGAUGUUGGAUAAAAUUAUGAUCAUUUUUAGGUUCAUCUAUGGAAAGGAUGUCUUUGAGGCCUUCUACAAGAAAGAUUUGGCAAAAAGACUUUUAGUUGGUAAAAGUGCAUCAGUAGAUGCUGAAAAAUCUAUGCUUUCCAAAUUGAAGCAUGAGUGUGGAGCAGCAUUUACCAGCAAACUUGAAGGAAUGUUUAAAGAUAUGGAGCUGUCUAAAGACAUAAUGGUUCACUUUAAGCAGUAUAUGCAGAACCAAAAUGUCCCUGGCAACAUUGAGCUUACAGUAAAUAUUCUAACAAUGGGGUACUGGCCAACAUACGUGCCUAUGGAAGUUCUUCUUCCUCCAGAGAUGGUGAAACUACAGGAGAUUUUUAAGACCUUUUACCUGGGAAAGCACAGUGGUAGAAAGCUACAAUGGCAAUCAACUCUAGGGCAGUGUGUUUUAAAAGCAGAAUUUAAUGAGGGCCGGAAAGAACUUCAAGUCUCCUUGUUUCAAACACUGGUGUUGCUUAUGUUUAACGAGGGAGAUGAAUUCAGUUUAGAAGAAAUUAGGCAAGCUACUGGUAUAGAGGAUAGUGAGUUAAGGAGAACACUACAAUCCUUAGCCUGUGGAAGAGCUAGAGUCCUGGUCAAGAAUCCCAAGAGUAAGGAUGUUGAUGAUGGGGACAAAUUCACAUUCAAUGAUGAUUUCAGGCACCAGUUGUUCAGAAUACGGAUUAACCAGAUUCAGAUGAAGGAAACGGUGGAAGAACAAGCAAGCACUACAGAAAGAGUUUUUCAGGACAGACAGUACCAAAUUGAUGCAGCAAUUGUUCGGAUUAUGAAGAUGAGGAAGACUCUUACUCACAAUCUUCUGGUGUCAGAAGUGUAUAACCAGCUUAAAUUCCCAGUUAAGCCAGCAGACCUGAAGAAGAGGAUAGAAUCAUUAAUAGAUAGGGACUACAUGGAAAGAGACAAAGAAAAUCCAAAUCAAUACAAUUAUGUUGCUUAAAGAAAGCUUCGUCUCAGCUGUUACCCGUCAUUCACUUGCUGGAGGAUAAAGAGAAUAACCUGUUACUCCAAUUGAAUUCAACUUUUGUACACCAGAAAAUGAAAGGAUAAACUGCAUUGAGAAAACCAAGUUGGCAGAUCUUCAGUGAAUAAAACCGCCCAUUUAAAAAGUACAAUUUACAUUUAAACAGAAUGCUGUUGAACUCUUUGCAUGUUAUUUAGAAUGAUGUGCAUAGUGACUCUAAGAACUGUAACAAUACCAGGGUUCUGUCUAUUGUGGGCUGAAGAGAAUGAAAUUUGGGAUGUGGCAUACCAUCCUCGGAUGAAAUCAAUGGGUGAAGCAGGCUCUGCUCCUGAAGCUGCAUGCAGUUUAUUAAAAUGUAGAUGGCUAUAGACAUCAGUGGAGAUUCACAUAUGCCCAAAUGCAUCAAACACGACCCUGGACUCUUAGCUCUUCUGUUACAACCAAAACAGGAGGCAAAAUAACAGUAUCUUGAAGAUGUAACAAGUAUGUGAGGUUAAGUACUAGUGUUUAUUGCGUCAACUAUUUUAUAUGAUGUAUAAAAUGUAGAGUGGCCUGUAUUUAAAGUAUUGACCAAGCUGGGACUGUAUGGGGACGUGAGAAGAAUUUGCAGUACCAAUCCCAAACUUCAAUUGCCAUUCAGCUAAACACUACGAGAUCUAGAUGCUUCUUCAGCAACGCAAAGUAUCAAGUCCAUCUAUAAUGGCAGAGUUUGUACGUUUAGAUGCUUGUGUGUCUUAAAUAGAAAUUAUAUUGUUAAAUUGAACUAAAUUGCCAUUGAUAUCAACUGCAGUACAGAGUUCUCAUUGCUGCAUCAGUCUGAGGAAGAAUAGUUUAACCAUAGCUUGCAAUUCUGGACAAGCGGGUGUUUGAAGCAUCACUUAUUGUGACUCUUGGUAAGGUGUGUGCUGAGUCUUUAAAGCCUCACUCAUUGUGACCUUUAGUAAUGUAUGUUUUUUUUCAUAGCCCUUUGGGUUUUAAAUUAUGGCAUGCUGAUAGUUGGGCGUCUACAGAGUCAUUUUCAUCCAAUGUUCUCUCCUAUGGGUCCCAUGUAUUUUGUGCCUUGAUCAAAAACCUAAAACAGAAUUUGUGUUGCAGAAUGGAAUAUUUUUGCCUUGGGGAUUUUCUUUAGUUAAGCGAGAAAAAAAUAGGAAAUAAAUUCUUUUGGCUUUUAUAAA